AUAAAAUUCUAACUACACAUCAAAAAUAAAAUCCCAACAACACAUCAAACGUAGGAUGGGUCUUAUAACCCCCCCGUUCAUUUUGAACGUGGAAUAUACUCACCCUUAAGCGUUGAGGUGCCACUCUUAUAUGUUGAUGUGUACAAAUUCACUAGACAUGUUGAAAAACUUGAUAACAUGCAUUGGGCCCCGCUUGGUAAUGUUUUAUUUCUCUCCUUUUUAACUAUUAUUAUUCUCGACCCGCACCCGUACCCAUAUUUUUAAUUACCCCAAAUCCCCACAUUUCAUCCCAAAUCCCUAACCAAAAAAAAAUCGUCGACUCCCAUUUCAACCUUAAGCUUCUUCAUCGAUAUUAUUGCGUUGGUACUGAAGGUUCGAUUUGAAGUGUUCUUCUCAUUUCUGCUCUUUCUUCAUGCAGUAAAGGUCAGUUCUUUACUGUUAAAGGUCAGUUCUUUACUGUUUCUUCGAAAAAAUGUCGACUAGGAUUUUUGUUUUCCCAACUGUUAAUUCGAUUAAUUGGGUUUUUAAAGCACAAAAUUGGUGUUUUCCCAACUGUUAAUCCGCACAUUUGGUUUCGUGUAUUUAUUAUUGUUUAACCCUAGUUUGAUUUAGACAAGGGUUUGAUUUUAUUGUGCAUAUGCUACCAUAUUUCGAUUUAGUCGUGCAAUAUGUUAAAUUAUUUGUUUUUCUUGUUGUUUGCUUGCUUUGCAUUUCGGUAGAACAUGGGUGACUUGACUUUGGUAAUUUUAAGAUGGUAUCAUAGUGGUGUGUUAGAUUCUAGUGGGGAACCAAUAUAUAAAGGUGGGCAAGUUACUGAUUUUCUGAAUGUUGAUGUGGAUAUGAUGUCUUAUUUUGAGUUAAGAGACUAUAUUAAAAAACUAGGAUACACUACAACUUGCACAUUUAGUAUUAAACCACCUAACAAUGACAUUUUGGUAGAUGUUGUGAGUGAUGUGGAUAUUUUAGACAUGUGUAUGUCUUUAGAAUAUGGAGAUAUUGUGGAGGUAUAUGUGCACCACAUGAUUGAUAAACUAACUGUUGUGGACCUCUCUUUAUUAGAAAAUGCUAGUCAUGGGGAGAAAGAGGAAUCUGGUUUAGCUUUUAAUAAAGGGGCUGAUGACUAGGGGCUAAUGAAAAGGUUGGUGAGGAGCCCUUAAAUGGUCCUAAUACACCUGCUGCCUUUUCUAUUCAAAUUGCUGGUAAUACAGCAACUGCCUCAAGUUCUGCACCUGCUGAUAAUACAGCUGCUACUACUGCAAAUGGUGCUACUGAAGAUUAUCCAGAUCUAGGUCCAGUUGGAUCUGAUUUUGUAGAAGAGGGAUCUUAUUACUCAACUGCUAAUAGUGAACAAUCUGUAGACGAAAUAGUUGGGGAAGGUGAGGAGGACUACGAAGUGAUGUGCAUGAGGAGGUUAAGGAGUUGAGGGCUGAAAGAAGAACUUUUCAGAGGAGAAAAAGAAGGGAGAGGGCAAAACCGGAUAGUGAAGAGGUACCAGCAGGUGAAGCUGGUAUAGAUCUAGGAUUUGAUGAAACUGAAAUAGGUAAAGUAAGUCUUGAUGGAAGGUUAGGAGGUGAUGAGCCUUACUAUGCAAGUUCUGGUGAUGAUAGUUUUGUAAUAGAUGAGGAUGAGUGUUGGGAUAAUGAAGAAGAUGUUGAAUCUUGAGUAAAUGUGCCAAGAAGGGAAAUGUUUUCAAGAAGGAGGUCAGAAAAGACCAAAACCAUUCAUGACCCCGUUGCCAAAAAAGUUGUGUGGCAGUUGGGUAUGGUCUUUAAAGAUGUGGAUAGCUUAGAGCAGCGGUAACUAAAUAUGCUGUUCAAAGGAGGGUUCAAUUAGAAAAGUGGGUGAAUGAGCCAAAAAUGGUUAGGGUUAGGUGCAAGGAUGGUUGUCCAUGGAUUUUGUAUGCAUGUCUUGACAAAAUCACAAAUGAUUUCCAAAUAAAAACUUACAUUCCAAAGCAUACUUGCAAACAGACCACCGGAAUUACUUGUGUAAUGCAAAAUUUAUUGCUGAUGUGUAUAGAAAGUUUAUAAUAGAGCAGCCAAACAUAAGAGUUUUCAAAUUGCAAGAGCCAAUUAGGAAAAAAAAAUUAUAAUUCAUGUGGGAAAGACUAUUGUUAGGAGAGCAAGAGCAAAAUUUUUGAAGAGAUCACGGGUGAUCAUAUUCAGGAAUUUGGAAGAAUUCUUGACUACAAGGAUGAACUGUUAAGGACCAAUCCUGGGAGCACUUGUGUUGUUGAACUUGGUGGACCUGAUGCAUCUGGUAGGCUUGUUUUUCAAAGCUUGUACAUAUGUUUGAUGCAUUGAAGAAGGCAUUUUUCAUUGUAGGAAAUGUAUAGGUUUAGAUGGGUGUUUCUUGAAAGGGGUUUGUAAAGGGCAGUUGUUGGUUGCUGUGUGUAAGGCUGGUAAUAACCAAAUGUUGCCUCUUGCAUGGGCUGUGGUUGAGUAUGAAAACAAGAAUACAUGGACUUAGUUUGUCAGAAUUCUGAAGGAAGAUUUUGCACUUGGAGAUGGGGCAGACUUAACCUUGAUAACAGAUAUGCAAAAGGGACUGUUUGUAGCAAUUGGGGAUCUUUUACCUGCUACUGAACACAGAAAGUGUGCUAGGCACAUCUUGGCUAACUUUUGUAAGGACUGGAGAGGGCUUCAAAGAAGACAACAGUUUUGGAGGAUUGCAAAGAGCACUUUUGAGUCCCAACUGAGAAGAAAUAUUGAGAAGAUGAAGUUGCUUGGUCCAAGAAGAAUGAUGGAUGCACUGAUGUACUACAACAUAGAGUAUUGGUGUAAGGUGUACUUCAACACUUCUGUUAAAUGUGAUUAUGUAGACAACAACAUGUCUGAGUGUUUUAAUGCACGGAUCUUGGCUGCCAGGCACAAGACAAUCAUAACUAUGCUUGAAGAGAUUAGAGUAAAGAAGAUGACAAGGAUUGGAAGUUUGAGGGAGUUUGUAAAUACUUGGGGAAGCAAUUACUCUCCAAUGGCUUUGAAGGUAUUAGAGGAGAAUGUUACUAGGUCAAUGGAUUGUAACAUUGAGUUUAAUGGAGUUGCAGGGUUUGAAAUUAAAGGACUAUGUCAACACACUGUGGAUCUUCUAGGAGCACUUGUGGUUGUAGGGCUUGGCAGCUAAAGGAAUACCAUGUGCACAUGCUAUAGCUGCAAUACACUUUAAAAAGUAUGACCACUUGACUACAUUGACAACUGCUACAACAAAGAGAUUUACUUAAGAACAUAUGAAUUUGUUCUUCAAUCAGUGACAAACAUGGAAAUGUGGCCUAUCUCCACUAACCCAAUUGUUGCACCACCAGAGAUCAAAAGCAUGCCUCGAAGGCCACCAAAGGUUAGAAAGAAAGAGGCCCAUGAAACUAAGAAGUAUGGGAAGUUGCCUCGAACUGGAAUGACCAUGACAUGUAGUACUUGCCAAACUAGAGGCCACAACAAGAGAGGGCGUCCAAAAAAUCAAGGUGUUAGGUCAUCAACAAGGGAGAACCAUUAAUUUCAAGCAGGGGAAGGGCCAAGACAUCAGAACCAUCAACUUCAAGCAGGGGAAGGGGCAGACCAAAGAUUAGGUCAUAUUUUAAGUUAUGUUGAUCAUUUCUGAUAUUUGCAUUUAUAUGUAUGAUAGAAACCAACCAUAGAAGUUGAACCUGCUGCAAAAAGUCAAGAGGAAGACUUAGAAAAACAGCCCCGGUAGUGGAAAAGAGUCCUGCACCUACCGAAUUUCAUGUUUCAAGUUCUGCACCUGCUGAAUUUCAUGCUUCAUCUUCUGCACCUGCGUAAUUUCAUGCAUCAUCUAAUGCAUAUCCUACUGCUAAAAGAGGAGGUGGAAGGGGCAACACUGCCUCAUAUAAAAGGCCUAGAGUCAUGGGAAUGGGAGUUUUUCAAGCUGAAAAUGGUUUUAAAGCUCUUAAUCCUAGCAUGUCAAGCAACAAGAUUUACUGCACAGGUACAACAAAGAUAACUAGAUCAGCUAAUGUAAUUGGUGACAUUGGUUACAAACCUAGUGCCAACAGUAAGCUGAAAUGGCAUGGAAAACCAGCAAUGACAAUAAGGAAGCUAGAAGAGAUGAGAGGGCAGCAAAAAUUGAAGAAAGGGCCAAGUAGUUCAGCAAAUCCAAGCAAGAAUAGCACUUCUUCUCAGUCCAAGGAGCCAUGGAAAAUUUAAUGUUGUUGUGUGUUUAAGUUAUUGUGUAGUCUUGAGACAGUUUCUUUUGUUGCUUUUAGAUUGGUGAAGUACUAGUAACCAAAUAUGCUACCUUAUGUUUUGGGUUGUUAUGGGAUUAUGCUGCAUAUAGCGCAACUCUGUUUGUUUAUGGACUGUUUUAUCAGUAUAUAUAAUAUUGUGUUUGCGUUAUUGAAA